CCUUUGCACAACAGCCAAUCGGAUUGGAGAAGGAAGUUGCUCCCUUUGAUCCUGCAGGCAGGGGCCCCGGCAAAGACUCACAACUUGGCUCCCACCUCCCUGCACGGCAUGGAUGCAGAGGAGGAGGAGGACCCCAUGCGAGGCCUGCAAAAGGCUGCCCUUUGCUCCAUCUGCCUGGAGUAUUUCCAAGACCCGGUGUCCAUAGACUGCGGGCACAACUUCUGCCAGGCUUGCAUCGCCCAGUGCUGCGACGACGCCCGGACCCGCUUCUCCUGCCCUCACUGCCGCAGGAGGUCUUGCAAGAAAGAUUUCAGGCCUAACCGGGAACUGGCGGAGAUGGUGGAGAUCGCCAAGCGGUUCAAGAGCCAGGUGGAAGAAGCGCCGGGAGAGAGGAUGGGCAGGUGCCAGAAGCACCGGGAGCCUCUGAAACUCUUCUGCCAAGAUGACCAGAGCCUGAUCUGCGUGGUCUGCGACAGGUCCAAGGAGCACAAAACUCACGCAGUGCUCCCUGCCAAAGAGGCUGCCCUGGACUAUAAGGUAAGAAGGCAGUUGACCCAGGUAUCUUGCCUAUAUAUAUAUAUAUAUAUUUAAAUCUUUUCCAAGAUUUUUUUAAAUCAACAUUUUUUUCAUUCAUCUUAACACCAAAUUCAUCUUGUCUGACUCCCCACCCCCCACCCCCACGUUUCCAAGUUUCACAUUUAUUUUCCCUUUCAUAAACAACAAAGAAAUAAACAACUACCUGACAUUUAGAAGACAUCUGAAUGCAGCCCUGUUCAGGGAAGUUUUUAAUGUAUUUUUUAAUCUUGGUUGGAAACCGCCCAGAGUGGCUGGGGAAGCCCAGCCAGAUGGGCGGGGUACAAAUAAUAAAUUAUUACUAUUAUCGCAUAUAAUUACUUUUGUCCAAUUCAUUUCCAGUUCUUCUUUUUAGCUAAAUUAUCAAAAUACUUCAUGAAUGCUCCCGGCCGGAUUUAGGUUUGAUGAGGCCCUAAGCUACUGAAGGGAAUGGGGCCCUUUAUAUGUCCAGCUGCCCUUUGUCAACAACAAAUGGUGGUACCUCUGGUUACGUACUUAAUUUGUUCUGGAGGUCUGUUCUUAACCUGAAACUGUUCUUAACCUGAAGCACCACUUUAGCUAAUGGGGCCUCCCGCUGCCACUGCAUGGUUUCUGUUCUCAUCCUAAAGCAAAGUUCUUAACCCGAGGUACUAUUUCUGGGUUAGCGGAGUCUGUAACCUGAAGCGUAUGUAACCUGAAGUGUAUGUAACCCAAGGUACCACUGUAUGCUAUCUGGUAAUUUAUGGACCUAAUAUGUAUCUAAAGCCAUUUGCACAAGUUACCAUGCAACCAGUCCGUGCAGAAUGUAGGCACCCUAUACAUAGAAAUGAGCAACCCAGUGAUAUUUUAGGGAGCAGGCUAGCAGGCCAUUACAUCCUAGGAGCCUACACAACACAAAACACUGUUGCCGUAUGUAGGUUUUAUUUUAUUUAUUUUUCAUCUUACAUUUUGGAAAUGUACAUCCAGGUUUUUCUUUAAUUUUUUGGGGGGGGCCCCAAGAGAGUGGGGUCCUAAGCUAUAGGUUGUUUAGCUUAUACGUAAAUCCGGCACAAAAUGCUACAUCAAUCCUGCUAAUGUUUUAACACAUUUACAGUGUUCCUUAACAUACUUCCCCCCCCCCAAUCUUGCUUACAUUUCUUCUCGUCUUGAUGCCUGAUCUUCACAGUAAGUUUUGCCAUUUUGGCAUGCUCUUAUCAUCUUGAUUAUCCAUUCUUCCUUUGUUGGUACGCCUUCUUCUUUCCACUUUUGGGCAAAUAACGUUCUAGCAGCCAUGGUAGUGUACAUAAACAGUCUCUUUAGAUUCCUUGGUGUUUAUUCCCCUGUCCGUGACCCAGGAUUCAUUUAGAUUUGUACAGUGGUGCCUCGCAAGACGAAAUGAAUCCGUUCCGCGAGUCUCUUUGUCUUGCGGUUUUUUCGUCUUGUGAAGCACGGCUAUUAGCGGCUUAGCGGCUAUUAACGGCUUAGCGGCUUUAAGAAAAGAGGAAACAAACUCGCAAGAACUCGCAAGACGUUUCGUCUUGCGAAGCAAGCCCAUAGGGAAAUUCGUCUUGCGGAACGACUCAAAAAACGGAAAACUCUUUCGUCUUGCGGGGCACCACUGUACUGGCAGCUAACGUCUCUGACUGUGACAGUGUUGGUGGCAAACUGGAUUGUGCACAUGCUAUAUAUUUAAACCAUACCCACCCACACCCAAAUCCUGGGGACUGUGGUUUGCACUUUAAGGAGCUACAAACCACUGUCCUUAAGGUCUAGGGACAGGAUGUGCUGUAAAUGCAUGGUUUGUAAACAGUUACUGCUGGAAAAUGCAUGCAGCAGAAAUACCAUGGGAUUUAGUAUGAAAAGAGUCGAUUCCACAGAGAGAGUCCAAAACCAUACGCUCAUUUUCAUGUCGCUUUUAAUUUGUAUACCAUUUUUCUAUGUUACUGUACACAAGGUGGUUUGCAACAACAAACUGCACAACAAAGAACACACCUUACAAUAAUCUGAUCCCAUGCAAAAAAAAAAUAAUCAUAAUAAAGCAUAACUUUAAAAUGGAACGACAUUCAAUGCCCGUUUUCAGUGUGUCGCAGGGGGGCAGUUAACUGGGUUUUUGUUUUCAUCUUGUGAUUUUACGUUGUAACUGCCCUGAGAGCUGUGGGUAUAGGGCGGUAUACAAAUUUAAUGAUAAUAAUACCAAAUAAAGUAAUAUUCAAUAAUCUAUUAGAAUAUAAUGGCACACAAUAACAUUUAAAACAUCAGCAAGUGAUAAUUAAGCAGAAAUUCCUUCUUAACAAUUGCAAUAAAUAAUGAGCAAACGAUGAUCAAUGAAAAUAACUGCAAGGCACAACGCAGAAAACACCGCAAUACAUCCAAAACCAUGCAAAUUGAGAAACAAAGACACACAACUUUAAAAACUAAUUUUUAAAAAUCCCUAGACCCCUCUUCUCCCUUCCCAGCUGUUUCUGGGAGAGGCUAAUUAAUUGCUCAGCUGGGUUUAAAUGAGCUUGGAGUUGGUGAGGCUUUUCCCCUCUGCUUUGCAUUUCCUCACUGAGAAAGCUGACUUCUGCCGAAUUAUUUUAGAGUCUCUCUGUAGGUUUUCUUUUGGUGGGACUUUUCCAAGCAACUUCCUUUUUUUUUUUUUAAAUGAUAUUUAUUAAAAUUUCACAAGAAAAGGAUCACAUUAAUAAAAAAAUUAACAAUAAAAAGAAAAAUACAAAAUACAAAAAGGAAAAAGAAAAAACAGUUAAAAACAAUUCCGUCUUUUCAUCACUUCUUUUACGUUUACUUGUUUCCCGGACCUCCUCAUACCUCCCUCUUUUGUAUUCCAAUUCAAUUUGUUAGUCCAGCAAUUCCUUUCCCUCCUUUUAAUCCUGAUCUUUAAUCUUGAUAUAUUAUAACAUUAAAUUUUUACGUAUUAAAAACCAAUUUUUCCAUAUUCUUUUAUACCAUUACAGCUAGAAACCACUUAACUUCAAUCCAACAUCAUUCUAACAUUCAUUAAUUUUACAAUAUUUCUGUAAGUAGUCUUUAAAUUUCUUCCAAUCUUCUUCCACCGACUCUUCUCCUUUUCCAAGCAACUUCCAGCCAGGAGCACUGUGGACAUAAGCCAGUUCGCCUGUCCUUUUAGUGAAGCAGUUCCUCGUGAAGAAUUCGGCAAUAACUUUGGGCGUGUGCCUUUAAAGCAUGCAUGCUCCCUCUAAAAUCUCUUGACCAUUGUACAGUGGUACCUCGGGUUACAUACGCUUCAGGUUACAGAUGCUUCAGGUUACAGACGCUUCAGGUUACAGACUCCGCUAACCCAGAAAUAGUGCUUCAGGUUAAGAACUUUGCUUCAGGAUGAGAACAGAAAUCAUGCUCCAGCAGCAUGGCGGCAGUGGGAGGCCCCAUUAGCUAAAGUGGUGCUUCAGGUUCAGAACAGUUUCAGGUUAAGUACAGACCUCCGGAAUGAAUUAAGUACUUAACCCAAGGUACCACUGUAGUUUAUUAAGAGCUGAAGCUCUGAAGGAAGGAGUGUGUUUCAAAUGUACAGCGUCUGCAUCCUUUCCCUCAAAGAAUUCUGGGUAGUGUAGUUUACCAAUCACAGAGUUACAAUUUCCAGCAGCCUUAAACAAACUACAGAACCCAGAAUUUUGAAGGAAUGAAUAUGCUUUGAAUGUGCUUUAAAGGGGAAUACAGUCAGCAGAUGCAUCAGGUCUGUAGACUGCAAGUGCAAAAGCAGCUUACCACUAAUAGUAAUAUAGAUGGGCGGGGGAUUUACUUUUUAAAAUAAAACAUUCAUACCGUUGUUAAUUGUAUGAAUAGCAUCUGAUUUGUCUGUCCUAGCAAAAAUAAGUAUUUUUCCCUCCCCAGGAACAAAUUCAGACUGAAUCACAGAGUCUUAAGCAAGAGAGAGAGAAACUGGAGGAGCUUAAACAGGCCGGUAAAAGGACAACUGAAGAAAAUCUUGUAAGUCCCUCUUUUAAUUAGCGCUAACCCAAACUUUGUGGGGCGGGGGUUGUAAGAACAAUCUUGAAAGUUAUUUGUGGAAUGAAUAAUAUCCACUGGGAGGAUUGAUGAUGAUUUUCAUUAUCUUCCUGCGUUCGUUCACAAACUGCUCUGGGACUAAGUGAUUUUUUAAUUAUGGUACUUCAGUUCUGACCCUGCAGUCUCUUGUGAUGUGUAGGAGUCCUUAUUUACCAGUGCGGCCUAUUCUGACUGCUGUUGCAACAUACAAAUGGUCACAUCUUAUAGCAACUCUCCGCGAGCAGCGGCAGCGCUGCCGCUGCUCGCGGAGAGGUCCGCGAAGCCUGGGCGCGCUGAUCUCAGCGCGCGCAGGCUUCGGCAUGCCGGCAACUCUCCGCGAGCAGCGGCAGCGCUGCCGCUGCUCGCGGAGAGGUCCGCUGAAGCCUGGGCGCGCUGAUCUCAGCGCGCGCAGGCUUCGGCAUGCCGGCAACUCCUCCGCGAGCAGCGGCAGCGCUAGCCGCUGCUCGCGGAGAGGUCCGCGAAGCCUGGGCGCGCUGAUCUCAGCGCGCGCAGGCUUCGGCAUGCCGGCAACUCUCCGCGAGCAGCGGCAGCGCUGCCGCUGCUCGCGGAGAGGUCCGCGAAGCCUGGGCGCGCUGAUCUCAGCGCGCGCAGGCUCUCGGCAUGCCGGCAACUCUCCGCGAGCAGCGGCAGCGCUGCCGCUGCUCGCGGAGAGGUCCGCUGAAGCCCUGGGCGCGCUGAUCUCAGCGCGCGCAGGCUUCGGCAUGCCGGCAACUCCUCACACAAGUAUUUGGUGCAAAAAACCCCACCCCAUCCCUCAUUCUGUACCUUGAACAACAUUAGAAAUAUAUAAGAAAAUCUGGCAUUUAUGUAGCAUUUUUCCUAAAUGGCUCACAUACGUUAUUACAGUAUUUCUAGCCACAUAGCAAUACAGUGGUCCCUUGGUUCUCAAACUUAAUCUGUUCUGGAAGUUCAUGCCAAAACCAAAGCGUUCCAAAACCAAGGCACUCUUUCCCAUAGAAAGUAAUGCAAAACGGAUUAAUCCGUUCCAGACUUUUUUUAAAAAACCCCACCUAAAACAGCAAUUUAACAUGAAUUUUACUAUUUAAGGAGACCAUUGAUCCAUAAAAUGAAAGCAGUAAUCAAUGUACUGUACAGUGGUACCUCGGGUUACAUACGCUUCAGGUUACAGACUCUGCUAACCCAGAAAUAUUACCUCGGGUUAAGAACUUUGCUUCAGGAUGAGAACAGAAAUUGUGCAGCAGCAGCGGGAGGCCCCAUUAGCUAAAGUGGUGCUUCAGGUUAAGAACAGUUUCAGGUUAAGUUCUUAACCCGAGGUACCACUGUACGUGUAUGUGACAUGAAGUAUUUUAUAUAGGGGCACAUUCAAAAGUCCAUAUACGGUCCAUUCUAUCCAGGCCUAAGUGUUUACAGGAUUGCAUUGUUCGUACUUUACCCUUCUUACUUUACCCUUUAAUUACAGGAAAAGUUGGGUGCUGAAAGGAGUAAAGUUGCAUCUGCAUUUGAGCUGCUGCAUCAAUUUCUUGAAGAACUGGAACAGCCCAUUCUGGAUCAACUGAAUGAGCUGGAGCUGGAGAUUAAGAACGGGCAGGAGGAAAACGUUGCCAAAUACUCUAAGGCAGUUUCUGUCCUUGAGGACCUGAUCAAUGAGAUGGAGGAGAAGUGUAGGCAGCCGGAUAAGGAAUUCCUGCAGGUGAGAACAUGAAUUUGUCAAGAGGUUUUGACUGAAGACUAAAAUAUGUGGAGUCCUGCAAGUCCCGGAUUUGGCGGCGAUAAUAGAAUCCGUGGGUUAUUUUAUAGGCAGAGAAUUUUGUGAAGCCUUAAUGGCUGAACAAAUAUAUUGGGGCAUAAGCUUUUGCAGACUUCAUGAACUUUGCACUUUGCAGAGGUGUGAAGUGAAAUCUUAGUUAGCAGGUAUAUAAAUGAGAAAAUUGGAAGUGAAAUGGCAGUGAGGUGCAAAAUUUACAGUCAGUGAUAAUGAGAGCUUAAAUACAGAGGUACCUCAGGUUACAGACGCUUCAGGUUACAGACUCCGCUAACCCAGAAAUAGUAGCUCAGGUUAAGAACUUUGCUUCAGGAUGAGAACAGAAAUCGUGCACCGGCAGCGCAGUGGCAGCUGGAAGCCCCAUUAGCUAAAGUAGUACCUCAGGUUAAGAACAGUUUCAGGUUAAGAACGGACCUCCAGAACGAAUUACGUUCUUAACCCGAGGUACCACUGUAUGUUAAAUGGGCACAGUUUAAAACUUUUACAACAGCAGAUUGGUGAUAAUUGUUGAAUUACUGUUUUGCCGCCUGUAGUUAGGGAGCCAUUCACAAGAAAGUCACGGAUAGCACAGAUACAGGUUAGCACUGGAAAGCUAAUAACACAUACUGUGUGAUAGCAAACCUUUGUCUUGAUUAAAUCCACAAGUGACGGUAUUAAACUUCUUGAAGAAUCCUAAUUAAACUGUUUCACGUUGUCUUUAAGAUGCUGCAAGAUACUGUUUCAGUUCAAAAUUUGGUUCUUUUAGAAUUAGUGUUAUAUGGCAGCAUUGCCAAGUAUAUGCUAGCCACUGCUGCUAACAUGGCUCUGGUUAAUAGAUUGCUAGGUUCUCUGUUUCAAGAGAAUGGAAAAAGUAAACAUAGCCAUAUUGGUCCAUAAAAAAACCUGACAAAAUGAAUUUCCUUCCCGGAGGGCCUUGGUAUAACCCUAAACCCAUUUAGCACUUAUCAGAGAGCCUCAUUUGCACGUCUCCAACUACCUUCUGGGUGGCGACGCGGGUGGCGCUGUGGGUUAAACCACAGAGCCUAGGACUUGCUGAUCAGAAGGUCGGUGGUUCGAAUCCCCGCGAUGGGGUGAGCUCCCGUUGCUCGGUCCCUGCUCCUGCCAACCUAGCAGUUUGAAAGCACGUCAAAGUGCAAGUAGAUCAAUAGGUACUGCUCCGGCGGGAAGGUAAACGGCAUUUCUGUGUGCUGCUCUGGUUCGCCAGAAACGGCUUAGUCAUGCUGGCCACAUGACCCAGAAGCUGUAUGCCGGCUCCCUCGGCCAGUAAAGCGAGAUGAGCGCCGCAACCCCAGAGUCGGUCACAACUGGACCUAAUGGUCAGGGGUCCCUUUACUUUUACCUUUAACUACCUUCCACGUUUCAUCUUGGAAGGUUUCUUCCAUAUUCAUGGCUUCACCACCGGCCAUUCCCUUCUCACGCUUCCCCCUUGCUAUGUUUUGCCAUCUAGCCCGAUGAAGAGUUCUGGAGACCUGAAAGCUUGCAUGCUACCAUGUGAUGUUUGGGUUAGCCUGAUAAAGGGGUUGCUUAAAUAAUGGAUUUGGCGAUCCUCAACAUGUCUGCUCUUAAGAUUAGCUGAAGGAAGCAGAAUGGCCUCGGAAAGGAUUGUAUGUCCAUAAUGUGAAUUUCAUUUUCCUCUACUUUUUCACCCUUCUAGAAUGUCAAGGACACCUUGAGCAGGUAUGUAUGCGGUCCUUUCCAUCUCCUCCUUCUGUAAAGGGUCUGAGGACUGACUUCAUAUGUGCAUGUCCUGGGAUAGCUCAGUUGGUAGAAGAGCAUGAGACUCUUCAUCUCUGGGUUCAAGCCCCGCCUCGGGCAGAAAGAUUCCUGCAUUGCGGGGAUGACCCUCCCUUCCAGCUCUGCAAUGCUAUAAUUCUAGGUCCAUCUUCUGAGCACUGAAUGCAUGAUAACUUACAGCUAAAUGUGUGCAUUGGCUCCGCUGAAAACCAAAGCAGCUGGUUGGAUGUUGGUCGGUAAAGACUUGAAAUGGUGGCGAAUCAGCGAAGAUCAGGCUGGAGUUGGGGCACAGCGUGAAAUGAUCCUAAAGGUUGCUUACAAUAGAUGGUGAUACUUAUGCACAAACCCACAGAAUCUAGCAGUCCUGAGUCCCCUGGCUGAUGGAUGGUGGAAGAAUAGGCUCCUCUUUGGCUCUGCAGUCCCAGAGCUGAGUAGAUUUCCAGCAGGACGGGAAGUAAGCUCCCUGCAACAACUUCUUCUGUGACCAGUGAUUGGAGCCAGGCUGGUCAUCUCUUUGCUCUGGUGUUCCUCAGCUUUCAGUUCCGCAGUGCCAGAAGAAGUUUAAAUAAACCGGAUGUGUGAAGUAAGGGCUUACCCACACUUUCCAGGCUCAGGUCUCUGCUUAAAAGCUCUGGGUCCAAGCAUUUUUCCUUUUUUGUCCUGGAGUUUCCUUUAUGAAAACCGCUCUUUAGCUCUCAGUUGGAGCAAAUGUCAAUUUGGGCUUUCCGUGGAUUGCUAUUUGUUCCAAGUGAACUUUAAAGAGUGGGUUUUCUUUUUUCCAAAUAGAUUUUUAUUAAGGUUUAAAAAUAAAAAUACAAAGAUUACUAUCGAAUAUCGUUUUUGUCCCAACUGAAACAUUAAUCUAAAGGCAAAAAAGAGAAAGGAAAUAGGAGAAAGGAAAUAAGAGCGAGAGAGAGAGAGAAAGGAUGAUAUAGAGAAAAAAGAAUAGGAAAUGAUUUAAAAGAGUGAAAGAGAGAGUUGUUGAGAAGCUAAAAAACCUUUUUAAUGAUUUUAUUGAAGGUUUUAAACACACUGAGCUCUGAAUCCAAACAUGUUUAUAAAAAGAUAAUAAAACGCAUUAUAUCGAAGAAGAAUAAAGAGAAAGAAAAUAUAAAAUAAAAUACAGUGGUACCUCGGGUUACAUACGCUUCAGGUUACAGACUCUGCUAACCCAGAAAUAGUACCUCAGGUUAAGAACUUUGCUUCAGGAUGAGAACAGAAAAUCGUGCUCCGGCGGCACGGCAGCAGCAGGAGGCCCCAUUAGCUAAAGGCGUGCUUCAGGUUAAGAAGUUUCAGGUUAAGAACAGACCUCCGGAACGAAUUAAGUACUUAACCCGAGGUACCACUGUACUCAUGAUCCUUACAAAACACAAUUAUUAAAAAAUAUAAAGAGAAAAAAAUAACAAAGGAGACAUAAUUAAGAUAAUAGAAAAUAAUAGAAAAAUAAUUAAAAAGAAACACUAAAGAGCAGUUUUUUGUGGGGAAAGCCCUGGAACAAAAAAGAUAAAAGGUUGUUCAGACAUGGAGCUUUAAAGCUCAGACUGUGCCUGGAAAGAGCAGAGGAAAGUUAAGUGUGGAUGAGCCCUAAGAGUCAAUGCAGAGAGCAGAAAAGGGAAGAAAUGUGGGAGAUGACAAGAACAGAUCAGAGGAACCGAUCAAGACAGUGGAAACGGGAUUGAUGGUAAGAAGUCCGAUCAAAAGAGCAUUGGAUGCCAGAAAGCAUUUUGAUAAGGUGCAACAAGGGAAGCCUAUAGAAAACCUAGUUCCUAGGCUGUGUCUGCUCCUUAAUCCAAAGUUAUCUUGCCACAGAAUGCCUUCCAGAAUAAUUUCAGUGAGUUUUCCUCUUGCCUAGGUCUAAGAAGAGACCAUUUCCUUUGGAGGAGGUUCCUCCAGAUGUAAGAGAGAAACUCAGUGCAUUUUCUCAGAAAAACAUUUCCCUAGCAGAAACCCUGAAAAGAGUCAAAGGUAAAGGACAAUUGGCCAAAGUCCUGUUUCUCCAUCAUUUCUUGCUGUGGGCUUUCCAACUUUCUUACUGGGUUUUUCUCCUGACGGUCCUACACUUUUCCUCCUUCAGUGUAUUCGGAAUGUAUCUGGUUUUGUCAGUGGGGAGAUUAAAGAGCUGAGAGAAGUAUGCAGAAAAGACUCUCCUAAACCUAUACUUGAGUAUCAAUAUUAAACAGUACAGAUAAAUCUGUUUUACAUCAGGAACCUUAGGCAAAGGGAGAAUAAUGAUUUUGCACAUUGAUUCUGCCCCUCAGUCCCUGGUAUUUAACACGUAGGAUUCUAGACUCUCCUGUCUCUGAACUUCAGUUUCUUUCUCCAAUAUUUAGUAUGAAAUUGGAAGCCUUAUGUCAUAUUAUUUCCCCCCUUUUUUUCUAGAGUCUUUGUUACUUGAACUCCAAGAGAAAGAAGACGAUAAGAAGUCUUUAGAAAUAGGUGUGUAGAAAAACAAUUCAGAAAACGAUAAUAUGAAUGAUCCGAUUAUAUAAAAAUAAAAUACAGUGGUACCUCGGGUUACAUACGCUUCAGGUUACAUACGCUUCAGGUUGCAGACUCCGCUAACCCAGAAAUAUUACCUCGGGUUAAGAACUUUGCUUCAGGAUGAGAACAGAAAUCGCGUGGCGGCAGUGGGAGGCCCCAUUAGCUAAAGUGGUGCUUCAGGUUAAGAACAGUUUCAGGUUAAUAACAGACCUCCAGAACGAAUUAAGUUCUUAACCCAAGGUACCACUGUAUAAUCUGUGUGGUGGCCCGUGGAAUAAAAAACCAGUAAAACCAAAGCAAAAUGGUAUAAAAAUACUUGGUUUAAAGAAAGAAGAGCUUCCCCCAUGUAAUCUGUUCUCUGGCCGAAAAAUAGGUUAUGGGGUUGCAUGCAGCUAGCUUUUGUUCAGUCACACAGUCAUUAAUUUCAAUGGAUCAACUCUGAGUAAAAGUAAGUUGGAUGCAGCCCUACAGCAGCACACAUUUGGGGCUCUGAAUUUGCUAAGCAAGGAUAAAUUUCUGCGGCAUGGAAGCAACUUUGCAGGAAAUACAAGUACACUCUUGUGGCAUGUGCUGUUGUGUUUUCACACUGUGGGAGGAGGGCCAGGCCAGAGGAGUCCCUGAACAAGCUGCCCUCUGGCCCUGUGUGCCACCUUGGUAGAUCUUCCAUCAAGGACAUUAAGAUAGUGGCUGCAUCUAUUUUGUCUGGUCCUUCUCCAAUGGGUGUUGCUGCCUUUCCCUGUUGCUGCAUAUGGAUGCCUCCCUUCCCCCCAGAAGCUUACAGGUCCUCCAAGUACCCCUGUUUUCCAGGGACAGUCCUGGAUUUACAGAAGCCAUCCUGGUUUCUGAUUUGAUCCCGAAAUGUCCCACUUUCCCCUGCUUUUAUUGGAGAAAUGUUGGAGGGUUAUCCAACCCCCGAGCCAUCUGAAGACAGCCCUGUAUAGGGAGGGUUUUAAAUUUUUUAAAAAAUGUUUUCUUGUGUUUUUAUAUAUGUUGGAAACCACCCAGAGUGGCUGGGGCAACCCAGUCAGAUGGGCGGGGAAUAAUAAUAAUAAUAAUAAUAAUAAUAAUAGAGUCAUACCUCAGGUUACAGACGCUUCAGGUUGCGUUUUUUCGGGUUAUGGACCGCCGAAACCCAGAAGUACCGGAACGGGUUACCUUCGGGUUUCUGCGGUCGCGCAUGCGCAGAAGCGCCAAAUCGCGCUUUGUGCAUGCGGAGAUGCGCAGCUGCAGGUUGCGAACGCUGCGGGUUGCAAAUGUGCAUCCCGCACGGAUCACGUUCGCAACCCGAGCGUCCACUGUGAUAGGAUAGGACGUCCCUAUUUUCAUCAGAGAAACGUUGGCGGGUAUGAGCAGGGGCACUCGACAAAGCUCAAGUACAAGAUGUUAGGGCCCCGUGGCAUUAAAAACAAGAUGGCUGCCACCCCAGCUACUUUGCUCGCCACUCGCACUGAUAUAUUUUCAAAGUAUAAACACAAAUCAAGGCCAGGGGCUUGGGGAAGAGUCACAAAGGCCAGGCAGAGAGGUUUGUAGGCCUGCAUUUGGGGCCUGGGCCUGAGGUUCCCCACUCCUGCCAUGCUGGUUCCUAGCUUUGAAUGGCCAAUGGGUGCAGUCAGAUUAAAUGUGGCUCCUGUCAGUCUUGUGUCUGCCAGGCCCAAAAGACUGCAGGGUUCAGUGAACCCCAGGAUGAGCUGCGAUGGGUGACGGAAGCAGAAAGCAUUGUGAAAUCUUGGCUGUACAGAGAAGGCUGCGCAGGUGCGCGAGGCCUUGGCUGAUAAGGCAUUGUUUCCUGGCCCGGCGAGUGCUGACGCCACAAGACUGGGAGAGGUGCCAAAGUGACGUUUGUUUUGACAUUUAUUGUGGGUAAACAAAGAGUUCUGGGUCAGGAAUCUUUUAGGUUUAAAGUAGGUGAGCUGCAGGGAGCAUUGCAAGAUGUCAUUUGUAACAUACUGUGAUGUGCGACUAGUUUUUCUGCUUGUAGCCAACUAAAUCAUUGCAUAUACAGAACAGUUGCCACAAGCGCAGCAGAGCUUCCCUUUGACACAUACCCCAACUUGCUCUGCGUUUUCACCAACGCUACAGAGCAGAUUUUGGGGUGCUGUGAGGGGUGGAGAGAGACAGGAAGUUCUGCUGCACCCACAGAAGUCAUUCUGUGCACACAGUGAUAACAGCUGCAUGGAAGGAACCCUUCUGGCUUCCCUAGUUGCCUUGAUUCUUUAUCCGCAGUCCAUUUACUGAGCCUUCAGUUCAUUCCAGUUGCAAUAUUGAGCUGGUCUCUCUUACCUGUUCAGCCUCACCCACUGCAGUUCUGAAUCCCGAUUCUUUUCCCCCCAAUGGUGGAUUGGCCAGGGAGGUUAGCUGAGACUGGAAGCCACUGUGUUGAACCCAAAGGGGAACUGUUCCGGAAUUUGCUUACACCAUCUUGGUAGCCAAGAUAAUCCAUAACUAAUCUGUAGUCGCUAAAGCAAUGAGCCCAUAUAUUCACUCGCUUUGAUAUGAGCUAAUAGACUUGCUUUGAUUCGUUACCCUCAUCCAGGAAGCUUGGGGUGCUGGGCUCUGAGCCCAGAACAGGGGAACAAUCUGUAAAACCUGGGUAUUUGCCACGUAUGCCCUCAUCUGGGCAGGCGAAGUGUUGAGAAGUCCUAGACAAAGUGUAUAAAGAAUGUAUGCGUGUUUGCUUGGGUGCAGACAAGCCAUCUCCUUGCUCUGGUGUCCACCCCAAAUGUCUAACGGCUAGGAGACCUGGCAGACUUUAAGUUUACACCUUUUUUUAAUAAAAGGUGGCACUGAACUGGGACUGAACAUACAGAGGGAUAGCUCAGUUGGCAGAGCAUGAGACUCUUAAUCUCAGGGUCAUAGUCGAGCCUCACAUUGGGCAAAAAAUUACUGCAUUGCAGGGGGUUGGACUAGGUGACCCUCGUGAUCCCUUCCAACUCUGUAAAUCGUAAUUGUAUUUUCUCACUCUGGUGUUUUUGGCAUCCUUCAGUAUACCUCAAGUGUCAGCAAACUUUUUCAGCAGAGGGCUGGUCCACUGUCCCUCAGACCUUGUGGGGAGCCAGACUAUAUUUUGGAGGGAAAAAAAAUGAACGAAUUCCUAUGCCCCACAAAUAACCCAGAGGUGCAUUUUAAAUAAAAGGGCACAUUCUACUCAGGUAAAAACACCAGGCAGGCCCCACAAAUAACCCAGAGGUGCAUUUUAAAUAAAAGGGCACAUUCUACUCAUGUAAAAACACGCUGAUUCCCGGACCGUCUGGGGGCCGGAUUUAGAAGGCGAUUGGGCCGGAUCCAGCCCCUGGGCCUUAGUUUGCCUCCCCAUGGUAUACCUGUACCCAGCCGCUCCCAUGAGCAUUCCUUUGGGCAAGUGGUUCAGAACAGUCACCGUAAGGCUCAUGUGCCGCCUUUAGGUAAACAGGAGAUGUUAGUGGCAAGCCUUAACCCUCUGUUCCUCCUCUAUUUACAGCCAGUGUGACCCUGGAUCCAGGCACAGCGGGCCCCUACCUCAUCCUUUCGGACGACGGAAAAAGUGUGUGGUUGGGCGACACCCGUCAGAAACGCCCCAGCUCUCGGGGCCGGUUUAACUUGUACCCCUGUGUGCUGGGCUGCGAAGGGUUUGCCUCGGGGAAGCACUCCUGGGUGGUUGAGGUGGAGUCAGGCGGAAGUUGGGCUGUAGGUGUAGCUCAAGAGUCUGUGAAAAGGAAGAAGAAAAUCAACUUCCGGCCUGAACAGGGGGUCUGGGCUUUGGAGCAUUUGGGAGCCAAUCAUUACAGAGCUUUGACAUCCCCUCCCACCCCGCUGCCCCUAAGAAAGGCCUACAGAAGAAUCCAAGUGCAUCUAGACUACGAAGCAGGUCAGGUGACCUUUUUUGAUGCAGAGAAUGAAGACUUGAUCUUCGCCUUCCCAUCCAGCCGCUUUGCAGGGGAUAUAAUUCAUCCCUGGAUGUGGGUAGGGCUCCGGUCCCGGCUCAGACUGUGUCCCUAACUUUACAUGCACUUUGGAGUAAUGGAAGUUGAUGUCGUUUGGCCUGCGAGCGGAGAAAAAGCAUAUUAGGCUCAUUCACUUCCGUGCCCCCUCCCAAUGAAAUGUAUUGCAAAUCUGUAUUUUUCCAGACACUGGUGAGAGACUCCAGUUUCAGUGUGAACACAGCUUGUGUUUCAACUACUGGGAAAAUUGCACGAGAAUUUACUGGCCAUCUGAAAAGCUAUAAAAUUAUUGGAAGUUUCUGUUAGGCGUAGAAUAGGAUAAUGUUACCCACACAGGAAGGGAACAGGGUGGUGGCGGGUGUGGUUUUUUGUGUGGAUUAUACUACACAUUCCCAUGUGUUCUGGGCCAGCCUUUGCCAGCAUGAAACCCUCCAUAUAUCAGCUCCCUGGGGCUUAUGGGAAUUGUAGUCCAAAGCGUAUGGAGGGAGCCAGGUUGAUGGAGGCUGCUUCGAAUACUUAGUAUUGCUAGCUUGGCUGGGAACAGUGGACUUCUUGCAACUAGCCUGCACCAGAGGGACAGCUUUUGUACUUUAACGCAGCCCCAGACUAAAGUAGAUCUUCUUGCUGUUAAAAAAUAGUGCAUACAAAAUUUGGGGGAGAGCAAAUGGGAAAGGGGCAGCACCACAUCCCAUCUAGGAAAUAAGUUACUAGAUGUAAGAUACUGAGCCAUGAGGAUGAAAUAGCUCACUAAGGCCUGUACUCCCAGUUUGCUUCUGUGUGAGAUUCGGCGAAGAGUUUAAACCUCAGCUGUAAUGCAGUGACAGCAACGUAGCAUGGACCUUCUGAAAGAUGUUCUGUUUGGUUGGAUUUAGCACGUUAAGGGAGAUUUGUAGGGUUCCUUACAAUUGAGGGGUUAGAGGAGAACGAAAGCAGGGCAGCCGGGUAGGGUUUCUGCAACCAAAUCAUUACCGUGUCCUGUUAAGGUGAAUUAACAAUUCAUAACCGAAAAUAAAUGGUUAUAAUGUU